AUGAAGAAAAUAGAUGGGCUUUAUUUAACCGAAGAAAUAGGCAAAGGUUCCUUUGGAACUGUCUAUAUUUGCAAAAUAAGAGACCAAAAUCUUUUACAAAAAUCAGUUCUUAGUGAAGUUUAUAAAGAAACUUUACGCAAAGGAAAGAAGAUUGUUUGCAAAGUGAUAAAUAGAAGGACUAUCAACCCUCUGAUGAGUAAGAGUCUUGGAAGAGAAAUCGAAACAAUGAUGAAGAUCAAGCAUCCAAAUGUCCUUGCUUUCCUUGAAGUUAAAUAAAACCAAGAAUAACGUUUACAUCUUCUUAGAACUAUGAAAUGGGGGAGAUCUUACUAGACUCCUUAAGCUGAAACGAGGGUCGCUGGAUGAAAACCAAGUUAAGAUUAUUAUCAAAAAGAUUGCUGAAGGACUUAAUCAUUUGAAUCAGAAAGGAAUAGUUCAUCGGGACUUGAAACUAGACAAUAUCUUACUGAAUUUUCCUGGAUAUAAGAAGCACUGGAAUACCUCAGAUAGGUAUAUUAGCAAGUACCAAAUUCAAGAAGGAUGAGAUUUAGAGGUAGUUAUUGGAGAUCUGGGAUUUGCUAGACCUCUUCAGGCGAAAGAACUUGCUGAAACCUUUUGUGGUACUCCUCUUAAUAUGGCUCCAGAAAUUAUUAAUGGAAUAAAGUAUGAUUCUAAGGUCGAUAUAUGGUCACUUGGAACUUUAAUGUUUGAACUUCUAGUUGGGAGACCUCCUUUUAGUGCUGAUAACUGUAAAGAACUUAAAAAGCAAGUAAAUAAUGGUCAAUAUACAAUACCAGACAGAAUAAAGCUAUCUCCGGAAUGACUAGACUUAAUAGACAAGUUGCUAAAGUUCAGCCCCGAAGAGAGGAUAUCUCAUCAAGAAAUUCUUACCCAUGACUUCUUCACUGAUGAGAUUGAUACAGAAUCCUUUGACCCUAUGGAAACAGUUACUAAUAUGGUCAGCAAACUUGGGCCUUCCGAAAAAUCUGAUAUUUUCAAAUGGAAAAAUCAGGGCUUGAAGAAGGAAAAGAAGACAAGCACUAAAAAUACUUCAAAUAAGGGUUUAAAGAAAAUCAAAGAAGAGGUCAAAAGGUUAGAUUUAGAUGACUCCUGUGAAGUACAAGACUACUGAGACGAUUUGCAUUCUAGUGACAGUGAUCAAUUUGUGGUAAUGGAAGAUUCCAUUCAGGAUGAUCAACUCCAAGAGAAAGACUCAAUGGAUGACCAGGAUAUGGCAAAUUUGACAUUUAUUCAGACACAUAAGAUCGAAUACUCUGCUGUUUCGAACAUGAAUAAUAUGGCUAUUAUUCAAAGACAUGAAUCUAAUGGCGAUAAGGGUAUCUGCCUUGAAAGGACACUCGUUAGUAAAGAUUUAGAGGAUUUCUCUCCUAUUGUGAUGGAAGAUGAUUUAGAAAUAUUGAAGAAAGACAGUUGUGAGCCUAAUAACUCUUGGAAUGACGAGGCAGUUAAAAUCUCUUCAAAUCUCCCAAAACAGCCAGAUGUGUCUAUUCCUAACAAUAAUUCAGAGAGCCAGACUAAAGAUGAAGAAAUUAGUCGAUCAAAUGAUAGCUGAAGUCAGAGUCCGAAAGAAGUAGACCAAAUGGGUUUGGAAAUAAUUGAAAAUUAUCAGUGCAAAAAUGAAAUCGAAGAAAACGGGAAAAAUCUUUCUAGUCAGAUUAGUGAUGGAUUUGAAUAUAUUAAUUCUUCAAAGAGUUAUUCAGACAGUUCAGAUUUCAAAGAAAAUUUGUAUGAUAUCCCUGAAGACUUUGAGUUUUCAAGUGAAGCUGAAGAAAUUGAAGAGAACGACAACUUCCAGAGAAAUAAUCUUAUUAAAAAUACUGAAGAGCCUGAACUUGAUCUGGAUGGAAGUUUUGAGAUUGCUCACAUGCAUGAUAUUGUCAUAUACGAAACUUUAAGUCAGGAUAAAUGGGAGAUAUACAACCCUACCCCAGGUUUGCCCAUUAAAUCAGAUGAAACUUAGACAGGAUGAUAACUUUUUAGAGGAGAUCUUUAAGUUUACAUGCUAAAUU